UAAUUUUGCUGUAUUAAAUGUGGCCUGAGACGGAAAAAUGAGCCUAAAAUGAGAAAAAUGACAAAGGGUUCCAUUAAAUAGGGGCAAAAUUGUCCAAAAAAGUUUUCAUCGGAUGUUCUUAAAGACUUGUAGGGCAGAAAUUCCCCGUGUAGUAAGACAAACAUUCGAAACGAGUAAGAACAGCAAUGGGUUCCAUGUAAGAGAAAGAAUCCACACAAAAAAAAAAAAAAAAAGGAAAGGCGAGAAGAGCGAGCUAGAAAGAGAUUGGGGCUUUGAAGAAUGUUUCGCGUGUCAGUGUGUGAGCAAGAAGAGAUAGAGCAUCUAUCAAGAGAGAGUAGCCAUUACAGUCUAUCGACUGGGAUACUUCCUUCGCUUGGAGCCAGAAGUAACCGUAGAGUCAAGCUCAGGAGAUUCAUUGUUUCUCCUUAUGAUCGUCGUUACAGGGUAUGGGAGACUUUUCUGGUUAUUCUGGUCCUCUAUACUGCUUGGGUAUCACCAUUUGAGUUUGGAUUCCUUAAAAAACCGGAGUCACCACUUUCCAUUACUGACAAUGUUGUUAAUGGAUUCUUCGCCCUGGAUAUUGUUCUCACCUUCUUUAUUGCAUACCUUGAUAAAACUACCUAUCUACUCAUUGAUGAUCCGAAGAAGAUCGCUUGGAAGUAUGGCAGUUCCUGGUUGGCUUUUGACAUUAUAUCAACGAUACCAUCCGAACUUGCUCAGAAGAUCUUCCCUAAGCCAAUCCGCUCAUAUGGCUUAUUCAACAUGCUCCGCCUUUGGCGUCUCCGCAGAGUUAGUGCCUUGUUUUCGAGAUUGGAGAAAGACAAGAACUACAACUACUUUUGGGUUCGAUGUGCAAAACUUAUUUGUGUUACAAUUUUUGCUGUUCAUUGUGCCGGAUGCUUCUAUUAUCUUAUUGCAGCACAAUAUCAUGAUCUUGGAAGAACAUGGAUUGGAGCAUCCCUGGGAGACAAUUUUCUUGAACAGAGCUUGUCGAUUCGAUAUGUGACAUCAAUGUACUGGUCUAUCACUACACUGACUACUGUUGGCUAUGGGGAUCUGCAUCCUGUGAAUACUAGGGAGAUGAUAUUUGACAUUUUCUACAUGCUCUUCAACCUCGGAUUGACAGCAUAUUUGAUUGGCAACAUGACAAACUUGGUUGUCCAUGGAACCAGCCGAACUAGAAGAUUUAGGGAUACCAUUCAAGCUGCUUCAAGUUUUGCUCAAAGAAACCAAUUGCCUCCUGGCCUACAAGAUCAGAUGCUUGCACAUUUAUGCCUGAAGUUCAGGACAGAUUCAGAGGGGCUGCAGCAGCAAGAGAUUCUUGAUUCCCUUCCUAAAGCCAUCCGAUCAAGCAUUUCACAUUAUCUUUUCUACUCUCUUAUGGAUAAGGUGUACUUGUUUCGUGGGGUUUCUAAUGACUUGCUUUUUCAGCUGGUCUCAGAGAUGAAAGCUGAAUAUUUUCCUCCAAAAGAAGACGUCAUCCUGCAGAAUGAAGCACCUACAGAUUUCUACAUCCUUGUCAGUGGCGCUGUGGAUUUAUUGGUUCUCAAAAAUGGAGUUGAACAGGUUGUUGGAGAGGCAAAAACAGGUGAUCUCUGUGGUGAGAUAGGAGUACUUUGCUAUAGGCCACAGCUCUUUACAGUACGUACAAAACGCUUGUGCCAACUACUACGGCUAAACCGUACUACAUUCCUCAAUAUUAUUCAGGCCAAUGUUGGAGAUGGGACCAUAAUCAUGAAUAAUCUCCUUCAGCAUUUGAAAGACAUGAAUGACACUAUCAUGGAAGGAGUUUUAAUGGAGACAGAGAACAUGCUAGCUCAAGGGAGAAUGGACCUACCUCUCAAUCUUUGCUUUGCCACACUCAGGGAAGAUGACUUGUUGUUGCAUCAGCUAUUGAAACGGGGGCUUGAUCCUAAUGAGUCAGACAACAAUGGAAGAACAGCCCUGCAUAUAGCCGCAUCAAAAGGAAGUGAGAACUGCAUUCUUCUCUUACUGGAUUAUGGUGCAGAUCCUAACUGUAAAGACUCAGAUGGAAUUGUACCUCUGUGGGUGGCAAUGUUAGCUGGUCAUGAUAAAGUGGCCAAACUGCUAAAAGAAAACGGGGCAAACAUCAAUGCUGGAGAUGUAGGUCACUAUGCCUGCACUGCUGCUGAGCAGAAUAAAUUAAACUUGCUCAUGAAAAUUGUAAGUUAUGGGGGCGAUGUCACACGUUCUAGGCACAAUGGUUACACUGCUCUUCAUAUUGCAGUUUGCGAAGGCAACAUUGAAAUAGUCAACUUCCUUUUGGAUCAAGGCGCUGACAUUGACAAGCCUGAUGUCCAUGGUUGGACCCCAUGGGAUCUAGCUGAGCAACAAGGACACGAAGAAAUAAAGAUGAUAUUUGAAUCAAGUAAAGAGAUGAAAAUUCAAUCUAUCAUGUCUAUUCCGGAGAAGCAGGAGACACGCUACCUUGGGAGGUUUACAAGUGAGCCAGUUAUCCGUCCUGCAGUCCCGGAUGGUACAGAUGGAUCCUGGAGCCAAUCCCGUCCAAGACGCACAACUAGUAACUUCCACAACUCGCUAUUUGGGAUAAUGUCAGCUGCACACCAUGUGAAGAAAGAUAUACUACUUUCAAUUCAUCAACCCAAGGGUGUCAAAGAUUCUGUUGUUAACUCUGCUAGAGUGGUAAUUAGUUGCCCCGAAAAAGGAGAAACCACAGGAAAGCUUGUUCUCCUUCCAGGGAGCUUUCAGGAGUUACUUCACAUUGGUGCUAAGAAAUUUGGGAUCUCUGCUGCUAAAGUGGUGACCAAAGAAGGAGCUGAAAUUGAUGAUAUUGAGGUGAUUAGAGAUGGUGACCAUCUUGUUUUUGUUAGUGAUGGUCAAAUACAACAAGAAACUAACUGCCGAAGCACCCAAUGUAAUGGGUUUUCUUAGAGCAUAGGCUAAUAAAUAGCUACAUAGUUUCCGUUUUAUUAACUUCAAGAUUAACGACUUAAUGAUACAUCCCACUUUCACGGUCAACCUCUUUCGAAUG